CGAAAGCCAUCCUGAGAUUCUCCAAGAUCUUCGUAAGACACCAUAGGUGGUUCAUAACUAGUGGUUCGGUUUUCAGUAUUUAACUCGUCUUGGUUUUUCUUGUUCUUUGUAUCCUAAGCCUGUAAGAAGGCAAAAUGGCCUCCCCACUCUCCGCAAUUGGGUUUGAAGGCUAUGAAAAGCGGCUUGAAAUAGUUUUUUCCGACCCUGGCAUCUUUGCCGACCCUCUAGGCAAGGGUCUACGUUCUUUAUCGAGAAACCAAUUGGAUGAAAUCCUCGCACCAGCUGAGUGCACUAUUGUUGGCUCGUUGUCGAAUGAGCUUGUUGAUUCCUAUGUGCUAUCAGAAUCCAGUCUCUUUGUGUACCCUUACAAGAUUAUCAUUAAAACCUGCGGGACUACAAAAUUGCUUCUUUCUAUUCCUCCUAUACUGGAGUUGGCAAAUGCAAUUUCCCUUUCUGUGAGGUCCGUGAAGUACACUCGUGGUAACUUCAUAUUUCCUGGCGCGCAGACAUUUCCACAUCGUAGUUUUUUUGAAGAGGUUUCUGUGCUUGACAGCUACUUUUGCAAGCUUGGUUUAGCCAGCAAGGCAUACCUAAUGGGUAGAGCUGAAACAAAGAAAUGGCAUGUUUACACAGCUUCCGCUGAACCAGCAAAACACUCCGACACACUCUACACUCUUGAGAUGUGCAUGACUGGUUUAGACAGAACAAGGGCAUCAGUAUUCUACAGCACUCAAUCAAGCUCUGCAGUUGAAAUGACCGAAGAAUCUGGUAUUAGGAGAAUCCUUCCAGAUUCCAAGAUAUGUGAUUUUCAGUUCGACCCUUGUGGUUACUCAAUGAAUGCUAUCGAAGGUGAUGCAGUUUCUACAAUUCAUGUUACGCCUGAAGAUGGCUUCAGCUAUGCUAGCUUCGAAGCCAUGGGCUACAACUUCAAAGUUCUGAAACUGAACCACCUGCUCGAGAGGGUGCUGACUUGCUUUGAGCCAACUGAGUUUUCUGUUGCUCUGCGUACUGAUGGAGAGGGGCACGACAUUGGUAUCCACAUUACUCCAGAUGUUCAGGGAUAUAGCUGUGAAGAGAAGUCAUACCAAGUGCUUGGUAAGAAUGAAUCAAUCAUAUACCUUAGCUUUACGCAGGUUUCGGGCUGUGCAUCUCCGACAUCGACUCUACAUUGCUGCUGGAGUGAGAUCGAUAAGGAGGAAGCUGUGAAAUAGUCGAUUAACUCUACAAUGCCGCCGGAGUGAGAUUGUUAAGGAGGAAGUUGUGAAAUAGGUCUGAAUGAUGAUGCUGGUUUUAAAUACUCUGUGUGUGUAUAGAAAUAAAGGUCUUGCUUAUCUUGCUUCAGGCAAGAGUAAUGUAAGCUUAUGUUUUGUUGUUCUUUGAGUGAUUUCUCAUGUAUGUUAUACUGCUGUGUUUUACUAUAAAUAAAUAUGUUAUGCUGGUA